AUGAACGCACCAGACCGAUACGAGUCGUUCGUUCUUGCGAAUGGCGAGAACAAAGUUGAGAUGGAGAUCGAUACUCGCAUCCCUUCGUCUGCGAUCUUCACCUUUAACAAGGAAGAUCACACAUUGGGAAAUUUGAUCCGCUCUCGCCUCUUGCAAAGCUCCCAUGUUCUCUUCGCUGCGUACAAGGUUCCCCAUCCGCUUGUUCCCAAUUUCCAGCUUCGAGUUCAGACUGAUGGCGAUGUCACCCCCAAGGAUGCGGUAAUCGCAGCCUGCCAUGAGCUCGUUCGGGACCUGGGUAUUCUCUCCCGGGAAUUUACCAAGGAAUAUGAGCUCCGUAAGAUGGUGGGGGCUACCGCUCAGCAGCAGAAUGGCGUCCAGGAUGGUGUUUAG